ACUACUAGCGACGAUAGUGGCUAAACGGAUGAACGCUGUGGUUUGUGGCUGUUACAAGAAAUCGUUUGUUUGAAUUCCGAUUUUGCGCAGUAGCGUCAACUGUGUGUGUACUCGACUGAAGUGCAAAGCAGUUUGCAGUGUUUUGUGCGAUGUCCGGUUCUGACGAAGCAGAUGUUUAUGAGGUGGAGAAGAUAUUAAAGUACCGGAUCCGUGGCCAGGGCAAAAAGAAAAUUGAAGAGUAUCUUAUAAGGUGGAAAAACUUCGGUCCGAGUGAAGAUACUUGGGAACCUCGGAAGAACCUGUUGGAUUGUGAGGAACUGUUAAUAGAAUUUGAAAAAAACUUUACCAAGGCAGAGAACUUGCCGAAGAAUGAAGAGACUGAAGGGACAGAACUGAUGCCUACACCACCACCACAGAAGUCGCCAAAACACUUUGACAGUGUUUUGGAGAUGUCUGCUAGCAAGACGUUGGAGGCAGCUGAAAUCAUUACUCGGCGACGUCUGCAAAUUGGCCAGUGGCAGCAAGAGAAAAAUGGAAGCAAAAAUACAGCCAAGGUUGCACAAGUGACUCAAGGCAAACCUUCAACAAGGCACUCUAAAUGGCUGUAUGGGACUGCCUGUCUGGGUCUUUUCAUGCUUGUUGGCAUGCUCCUUGUAUUCUGCAAAGGAGGUGAGGUUUCUGCCUUGAAAGAGAUGUGGAAACAGUGGCCGUCUCUUGGCAUCCUGCAAUGACAGUAAAAAAAAAUCGCAGGAGCUGCCAUGCACCUUUACAAAGUUAAGAGCAUUGUUAUACAACACUGCCUUAAAAGGACCCUGAAACGAUUUUGAUGAUUUUGUAGAAGCGUACUGAGUCAUUAGAGUAAGCCCUUCUGAGCAUUAAUUGACACAUGUAAGUGUUCCGCAUAAAGCGUGUAAUUUAUUAUAAGGUUUUAAAAAUGUACAUCGCUGCCGAUCGCAGCACACUUCUCGGUAGAAUUUUCAGCCGCCCAUACCCAUAUGACGUAAAUCACCCAAUUGACGUCAGUAGGACGAGCUAUCCGAUUGGCUACCCAGGGCGCGCCAUCGAUAAUUUGUCUGCUGUGUGUCGAUCUGUCUUUUCGCGAGCACUAUGAUCCGGCUUUGUUGCGUUGUGGACUGCAAACGUAGCGACUGGCAAUAUGUCAAGCUGCGACAUUGUGUCCCUCUGCACAGCAGCAGACGAGCUGACUGCCUGCGGCACAUCGGACUCCCGCUAUCUGAUCAGCACCAGGAUUUGCGUAUUUGCGGCCGUCACUUUACAUCAGAAGAUUACUAACGUAAGCGCAAGGGACAGGGCCUGGCCAUUUGACCAUGUCGUUUUACGGGAUGAACAGAAGCACAAAUGUGAAUGGUCUGCAUGGUGCAGCCACCUGGUGGCACAGACGUCAACACACAGUAGCAGCAACGAAAUGCUUGCAACGCACGCUGCUUCGAUAGCACUCGCUUGGUGUCGACUGCCAAGAAGCUGGCGGAGAGUUUGGAGAGGCUUCGUGCGCUUGCUCCUUGAGAACCGGUAGGAGACGACACGACAUAUCAUCAUGACACAGAGCCAGUGAAGGCGGAGCUUAGCCCUGAUCAUUGGCGAACGAGUUCAGAAAAUGCAUGACUAUGGAGGAGGGUCACUUGUAAUCGUCCGUAGCUCUCUUAAUAUGAGACGUUUCACACAAGUUGUGGUGCGAAUUAUUAACUUUAGCUGUACCCUACACAUCUACAAAAUUUGUCCGAACCGUUUCAGGGGCCCUUUAAUGCCAUUAAAUAAUCAUGACUUGCAAAGGUAAAAAGGCAAUGUCCCAAGACCAAGAUGCAAUGUCAAUACUUUAGUAUGGUGAUGGCGCACAUGUUCGUUCAUGUAAGGGUCAUCCACUGUUUGGGAAACAGUUAAUUGAGGCAGGUGAGGGGCCAUGCUAUUUCUGCAGAAUCUUUCACAAACUGCCAAAAACAGGGAUCAAAAAUGAAAUGGACAUCCUGAGUAGAACGAGGUGUUGAAAAGUUGGUAACGGCGCUAACUUUGGUAAGGUCAGGCAGGACCUGUAGCAUCGACUAGAUGACCAAGUACAGUGAUCUCUUAGCUGCCGACUCGCCAUUUGCCAGAGUUAAGUUGCAGACCUGCAUUGCAAAGGACGCGCAGAAUAGCCGAGUCUCUGUAGAUGGCUUGAAACGUAGGUGAGAAAAUCAUAGAGAUAGCACAGGCAAGUAGACCACUUGAAGCUGUGAAGAAGGGGGUUUAUCAUUUGUUCAAAUGUUGCUGGCGCAUUGCACUAGCCAAAUCAAUGGCUUUGAACUGGUUAAAUACUGUUAUCCAGAUGUCCUGAAACCUCACUGAUAUCCGUGAGAUACCCACCGUGGUUGCUCAGUGGCUAUGGUGUUGGGCUGGUGAGCACGAGGUCGCGGGAUCGAAUCCCGGCCACGGAGGCCGCAUUUCGAUGGGGGCGAAAUGCGAAAACACCCGUGUACUUAGAUUUAGGUGCACGUUAAAGAUCCCCAGGUGGUCGAAAUUUCCGGAGUCCUCCACUACGGCAUGCCUCAUAAUCAGAAAGUGGUUUUGGCACGUUAAACCCCAUAAUCUAAUCUAAUAUCCGUGAGAUAUCCGUCAGGCUAUUCCCCACAGAGUGGGUAAUCCUGUAUCUCAUGAACAUAUUUACCCUUGUUUUUACCGCAUUUUUACUUCUGUUUACCUGAAUAAUACUUUGAGGAGUAAUUUGUGCUCCUUAAUGAUUUCUCAAAAUUUUGCAAUGUAUAUUAUUUUUGGAUGGCUUGAGUAUGUUUGUUUUGGUUAUAAAAAUUGUGAAAACGGGCUUCACAUUUGUAUUUUUGCCUUGUACUUGCACUGGCCUAUGAAUGUAGGGCUGUUAUCAGUAUCACCCAGUAGUUUUCAUGUUGCCAGAACAUUAAACAGCAGAUCAGGGAUUUCGGUAACUCGCGCUAUUGCGCUUUUUGCGAUCUACAGGCCUGUGUGAACGACUUAACUGGAACGCCUCUUUGUGUCUGUGUCUCCAUGUGUGCGCGUUCCUUUUUUUUUUCCCCUUUUUUUAUCGUUUUCCUCUCUGUCAUCUUUCUAACCCCUAUCCCCCAUCCCCAGUGUAGGGUAGCAAACCGGACUCAUAUCUGGUUAACCUCCCAGCCUUUCCUCUUCAUUCUCUCUCUUUCUCUCUCUCUCUUUAACUCGCGUAACAGAGUGAGUGACACGGCUGUUGGCAAUAGUAAUUGUGUUGCAUAUCUCACAUUUGAUCAAAGGGUGUGCCCAAAACAUUUUGUAUACUUAAUACCUUGUUUUUGUGUACUUGCAGCCUGGUGACGUUCAACAAUUGAACAAUGCCUUUAAAUUUUUGUUCCAUUUGUUCAAAUACAUGGACUCGUCUAAUAUACAGGCCAUGUUUGUUAUUUAUUUUGUAUUGUAUUGUUUUGUUGUCAGCUGCACCAAGAUUUCAGAAUUGUGAUGACCUUAUUGUUAUGAUUGGGGUAUUCACCUUGUUGAUGUUAGUGUCUGUACAUUCACAUACUAAAGUUACUUUGAUUUUACUUACUGACUUUGGAAGACUGAUGCGUUUUUGGAGCCUAUCCUCGACAUUAUUUAGAUGUAAACUGAAAUUUUAAUAAAAUGGUUCACCGUGGGGGCUGCGAAAACAAUUAGUUCGUAUUGGUAGACUCACCGAUACCAAAACUGAUGGAGGAAGACUUAUUUAUGCUGCCAGUCUCACCAUCUACUCCUUCACACUGGCAUGGCCCCACUACCAUGCUGCCUCCAGAUUAGAGAUGGUGCUGCUGCCAGGAAACAAUAGGAUGAAAAAUGAAAGCAGCCUUCAACCAAUGAGGCAUUUUCUUGUGAAGCUAUGCCAGUAGUGACAGUAGAUGGGGUGACAACUAGACGAAUGUUAUAGACACUCUUUUCCCCAGUGUGUUUUAGUCUUGGCAAGUGUGCCUAGAUGAAAUAACUGUACGGACUGCUCCCGGUGAUCAAACUUACUUUAAUUUUUUUGAAUUUCUACAUCCUUCAGUUCUCAAAUGCAUUGGAAUCCAGAAUCGAUAAGUUAUUCUAGUUUAGCAUUAGCAUUCUGGCUGAUACUGCUUCAAUGUGCCUAUUAUGCAUGUAACUGCAUGAGAUGCCCUUUUGUGAUAAGUAUUUCCUAUGUAUAAAGCCAACUGCCUCAUGUAAGAAAUGCUGUUUUUGUAGUAUGGAUACAAAACAGCUUCGGUGAAAAAUUUUAUGUUCGAAAUGCAAGUGGUUUCAUCAGAAGUGGCCUAUAUAAAUUAAGAGCUUUAGGUGCUGCCAAAAGAAUAUAUACAGCGACUGCCUUGAAACACCCUUUUUCCCAUGGGCAGGAAGGAGAUAACUUAGUUUUGCUCAGUAGGCCCAAAGGGCACGCAUGCUAAACAGCUCAUUUAUUUCAUAUACAGUUGACUUUCGAUAUAACGAGCACUGGUAUAAUCAAUUUUCGGAUAUAAAGAAGUAAAUGUAAAAUUUGGUUGGUCACAGUUUUAUUCAGUUGAGUAUUCUCCUGCUAUAGCCAAAUCAAAAAUGUGGGAUCCAGCAUGGCAUUGGCUAUAGCGAAGCAAAUUUUUAUUAGCACAUAUUCUGGUAGGAAAAACAUUGAACACAAUCGCCAAACGAUUCUUUCGCAUAUGAUUUUUCAGAAUAGCAGGAUUAUUCGUACUUCCCUUCACCAUCACCACCUAACCCUCGCACCAGUGUAUAACGGCGAAAACCUAAAUUUCGGAUGCUGCGAGGUGUUUUGGGCAUGAACAGUGUGCACAAUUUCACAAACUAAGCAGCCAUCAACAAUGUUGCCGCCGUGUCAACUAGGCACGAAACUGCAACUUAGGUUGCCGACUCCCGAUGAGGCACUGGUUAGACCUAGCGACCUAAACAGUGCUGCCAGCGCAGCGGCUGGUCAUAAGCCAUAGUAGGAUGCCAGCUGUUAAUAUGUUAGCAUUUGUAGACCUUAUCGGUGAUUGAGCAUGGGCUGUGUUCCAAUACUCGCCUUAGAUGGCAAAGCAGGCAGCUAAGUGGACAGUGGCCAUCCUAAAUCUCGUUCCACUUCUCAUGAAAACAUCAAAUUAGACAGCUUUGUGAAGACAGCAUAGAAGCCAAAGACUAUGCAGGCUACUUUCCUGUCGAAACGAGAUGGCGGCUGAGCAAGACUCUUGGAAACUCUAUGGGAAGGUCAUCUGCGCACGGAAGUAUGUAUACACGCUCUCCUUGCCCUUAAUGCAAGUCACAUAGUGUUUUUCAUAGGUUUGCAGGCUGAAAUACUUAAAUAUACAGAAAUAACGUAUAUCUUGCUCAGCUAUUUUUUGUCGCCGCAAGGUGGCAUCGUGUUGCUGGAGCGUCUCCAUCGUCUUUAAGACAGUUGGAAAUACGUGCCAUUACUUGUCCUUGAAACUGUCUUGGCUGUCUCCUUACCUGUCUUCCUAGACUGUCUCUGAUGCUGGCCAAAAUUAGAACACACCCAUGAUAUCCAACGCACUGGCUAGGCUGGCCGUUUUAGUAGCGAAGGACGAGUCCACAUGCGGUUUCCUCAGUGUCCGAAAAGUGGCGGCGGCCGUUUGGCUUGGUCAGACCAUAGUCAACACAGCAACGUACCAAUCUAGCUCGAUAACACCGGUCGUGCGGUUGUACCUUCCCGGUGGUGCAGAGCAUGUGUUUCUAACUUAGUGUUGUUCCUGUGCCUUGUAUCGGCAUGGCAAGAUGCCACUGGGCCACCAAAAUCCAAAGUAGAGCCUUUGCUGGCCCUUUCAGAGAUACUCCGCUAGCGUUUCUUAGGCAUAGACCUUAUCGUAUAUAUAUAUUUUUUUGCUGAUAUUUGCGUGUAUGUUUAUAACGAACAUCUGAUAUACUGAAAGUAUUUUUGUGGCCAAUGCGAUUUCGUUAUAACGAGGUUCGACUGUAUCAGAUGAAAUAAUUUUGCAAAAUUAUCAGAUGAAAUAAUUUUGCACAGCUGUAGAAUCAAAUUAAUGAAAGCGACCAUACAAGCAGCUUCAUGGAGUACCGGCAGUGAUGUGGGUAAAACAGAAUUACGUAAAGCUAAACUUCCCACCGACAUCUUCCACUGGCACCAUCUGUUGACCAGGUUUUACAUAUUCCGAGUAGCUCAAGCACAUUCUUGCAAUGCAGGUUUUUGGCAGUGAAGGGGCUUGUGCUCCAUCAAAUGUUGCAAUUACACUAAGCUACAUAAUUUGAUUAAGGCUGCUAAAAUGCUGCACCAAAGUACUAUUGAAGAAUGACAGUUGCUCCAACCAAUGCCAGGUAGGAUGAAAUAAAAAAUUUUAAAAAUAUCAAAUUGUGGAGUUUAACAUCCCAAAGCAACACAUGGGCUAUGAGAGAGCUAUUAGUGAGGGGCUUAAGAUUAAUUUUGGCUAUCUGGGGUUCUUUAACAUGCACUCAAGCGCAGUACAGAAGAUGAAUCCCCACAGUGGAGCAUGAACUACAAAUGGUUUCGUAAGUGUAGAGCAUCACUAAAGACGCUGUAGCAAUGACUCCCAACAGGACAGCAGCAUUUGUCCUUUGAAAGGGUUCUUGUGCAUCACAUGCAUUAACUCAGAAUUCACACUGCAUUACCUCAAGUGAUUGUGCCACAUUGUUCACAUUCCUGGUUCUUAAUUCCAUAGCCAUGAAUGCAUUAUGAUUCCUUCAGUUCUCUCACGGCCCAUGUGACGGUGCCAUAAGAAGUACUAAAGUGGAAGUUUUCCAAGCACAAGUGGAGAUAAAGAUAUGUAAAAAAGCCAACAUUGGACAAUGCUUCAGUGUGGUUUCAAGCUGAGGUGCUUAGCCAUAAUUGUAGCCAAGUGGCAUCAGUGCAAGCUGGAGUGAAAAUUGCUGCAUGAAGCCUAUAGUUGGCUGUUCAUUUUGGCACUUCUAAAAUUGUAGAUUCACUCAUCGUUGAACUUGAGUUGUAUGUAGCAUGAUGUUUUCUCUCUCAUAGUGUUAUGUUGUUUUGUGACCUCAACGUAUUGUAUGAUAAUUGUUAUAUAAUUUGUGAGUUCUUACAAUCAUAAUUUCUGUAUAUACCCCCUUACGUAAUGCCCUUUGGCACUUGUAAGGUAUUUUGAAAGAUAAUUGUUUCAAAAUAUGUGCAUGUAAACACCAAUUAUAACAGUAGUUUUCAUCACACCUAACAGCUCUUCCUCCUGUUUCCUGAACAGAAACAAAGCAAUAAACUCCAAGAUAAUAUCUAUUUUUAUAAUGCAGGCUUCUUUACUUAAUUGUGUCAUUCAUGGUAGCCAGCUCUUUGUCCUGCGUUUUCCUUUAUGUGCUAAGUAUUUUCUCAUUUUUCUGCACUGCUAUUCAAACAUCUGUAUAUUAAAAGCAAUAAAUCUACUUUGCCUGUUCUGA